AAGUGUUAGUUCCCGAUGAACACAGAAGCAGAGUGGAGAGAGACGGGCCUGGCGGCCAAGCAGACGGUCUUUGGAUUUCUCCACAUCUCUGCUUCUUUCCAUCAUUACAGUGCGCUUGGAGGCUCCUCAGCUCUUCAUAUCCCAGCUUUCCCAGGAGGAGGAUGUCUCAUUGAUUAUGUGCCUCAAGUAUGCCACCUGCUCACCAACAAGGUGCAGUAUGUGAUUCAAGGAUACCACAAAAGAAGGGAGUAUAUUGCUGCUUUCCUCAGUCACUUCGGCACAGGUGUCGUGGAAUAUGAUGCAGAAGGCUUUACAAAACUCACUCUGCUGCUGAUGUGGAAAGAUUUCUGUUUUCUUGUACACAUCGACCUGCCCCUGUUUUUCCCUCGAGACCAGCCGACUCUCACAUUCCAGUCUGUCUAUCACUUUACCAACAGUGGACAGCUUUAUUCCCAGGCCCAAAAAAAUUAUCCAUACAGCCCCAGAUGGGAUGGAAAUGAGAUGGCCAAAAGAGCAAAGGCUUAUUUCAAAACCUUUGUCCCUCAGUUCCAGGAGGCAGCGUUUGCCAAUGGAAAGCUCUAGGAAACACCAGUCUUGAGAAGCGGCCAGCCAGACUGCUCUGUCCACAUGCGUGUCAGCACAUAUGGCGGCUUCCUGGAAGCCGCUUGGAAUGCCUUCAUGGCAGCGUUUUGCUCACACAGCGGCUUUGCACACCCCGCCUGGGACCCAAACUGAAGCUGGCCAGUGGCAACCUGGCCCCCACCUCCGGCUGCUCCCUCUUUGUUUCCUUCAGUAUAUUUCUAGUUGGAAGAAAUAAAAUCACAAAUUAUGACAAACUAUUUUUCCGGGGAAAGGAAGACACCACAAAUGCACACACCCUUAUUCCAGGAAAGCCUUUGUCUCCAAGACCUUGUUUAAGUUUUAACAUUAAACCCCCCCUU